AUGAGAAUCACAACAAUAAGAGUCACUAACAGAAUAAAAACACGAGGUUGUGAACACAGCCGGUUCCUCGCGGGAGCUGCCGCCGGUGAAAGCCCGUGAAUCAGCUCCGUGUGUCGGCUCCGUGCGUGUGUUUCCGGGUGACAGGAGGCUGGUGCUCCGGUGCUUCCUCCCAGCCAGCGUCACUCUGCUCAGCCGCCUCUCCCCCUCCUCUGCUCGGCUCCGCUCAGCCUCAGCAGCCGCCGCCGGACACCGGGACACCGACCGCUUACUGACCGCGACACGUCCGUCGUUGAUGCCGUGCAGCUGAGACCCGAGCCGGGGGCAGCGGGCAGGAGUCAUGGCAGCGUCGCUUCUCUCCGAGACCGACAUCAGGCACCGGUCCAUGGCGGAGGAGGAUCCGAACGGGAAUGAGCACGGGGCGGCCGCACGCAGCGCGGCGCCCCGCUGGGGACCGCAGCACGCCGGGGCUCGACAGCUGGCGAGGCUCUACUCUCCCGGUAAGCGGCUCCAGGAGGUGGUGUGUGUGGUUCUGUGUCUCCUCCUCUUCCUCAUCAACCUCUCGUUCCUCCUCCUCCACUUCUCCACCGUCCACAUCCACCGGAUCGUCCUGGGCAUCGUCCUCGGGAUAGUGACGGCAGACUUUGCGUCGGGGAUGGUCCACUGGGGGGCCGACACCUGGGGAUCUGUGGACAUCCCUGUUAUUGGCAAGGCGUUUAUUCGACCGUUCCGGGAGCACCACAUCGAUCCCACCGCCAUCACUCGCCACGACUUCAUCGAGACCAACGGGGACAACUGCAUGAUCCCCAUCCUGCCACUGACACACAUGGCCAUCAAGUUCCUCACAUACACACCAGAGGCCCUGGCGGCGUCCUAUCCCUGGGAGUGCUACGUGUUCGCCCUGGCUGUGUUCGUGACGCUGACCAAUCAGAUUCACAAAUGGAGUCACUCUUACUUCGACCUCCCACGCUGGGUCACGCUGCUCCAGGACUGGCAUCUGGUGUUGCCACGGAAACACCACCGCAUCCACCACGUCUCGCCGCACGAAACGUAUUACUGCAUCACGACAGGCUGGUGUAACUAUCCACUGGACCAGCUGGGCUUUUGGAGACGGAUGGAGCAGUUGAUUGAAUACGUGACGGGACAGAGGCCGCGGUCAGACGACCUGGCGUGGGCCAAGAAGACCGACUGACGAACACACCAACACACAGGGUGGAGGAAUGGGCCUGUACAUGCAAAAACACAGAGAUUUCAAUGGAUGGGGAGAAUAACACACACACAUAUACACAUAUACAAUUUACUUCUGUCUCUGUGCUUCUUGCUUUUCUUGCUGAAGAAAAGCAACAUGUUUUGCAAAAAAAAACCAAAUUCAAAGAUGGUCCGAGUGAUUGUGCUGGAGUCUGUAGUUUAACAAGCUUUGAAGGCAGGAGGUGAGAACGCUGCUGUAACAGCCAAUUAGCUUGUAGGCCUGUUCGACCAAUGAGGUGUGGCGGUGUGUGGGUGUCGGAAGGUUUCUGGAGGUUGGGCUCUCCAGGAGUGACACCGCACACACCUGCGCACAAUCACACACAUAUACACACACACACACACACACACACAAGUUUGUAAGUUAAAUGUUCAGUCACGUCUCUGAUUUCUUCUUGUCUGUUAUUUUUGUGUUACGGUUGUUUUGUCCUUUGUAGAAACUUCAUCGUCCUCUUCAACCUCUCGCUGCUGCAGUUACACACAUGAAGGUGAACAUCUGAUGAUUGUGUGCUUUAGACAAACGCAGCUUAUAUAUAAGUAUAAACAACUUUGAGUUUUGGGUCAGCUGUCGACAGCUGUCUUCAUCCAAACUGUACAACUCUUCUCAUUGAUCGGGUUUUAUCGACAGAAGCUUUGGAGCUUUCCACUCUUCUGUUACUUGAGAAACACAGAAAUCUGCUUGUGCAAACGUCAAAGCUUCUAAAUGAAGGUUUGGAGAAAUAAGCUGAAUUGUAUCUAGAAGCUGUAUUUCACUUUAAUCCAGAUCAGUUUGGAACAUGAACUGCGUAUGAAGAGGGAGGACGUGUCUCCACUUUAUUUUGUACCAAAACAAAUGACAGUGAACAUAUUCCAGAUAUGAUUUCUGACUUGAUUUGAAGCUGGAGUCCGAGCAGAAGUGACCAUGAAGCGACUUCAUGACGGUUCAGCAAGUUAAAUUUGGUCCAAAGUAAUUGAUAAAUAUGAAGACCUCUACUUUAAGGAAUACUUUACAGCUUAUUUUAAUACUUUCUGGCUGAAGUUCUACAGUCACACCUACCAGCAACUAUAAAGCUGGAUAACCACCACAUUUUGUUUAACCCCAAACUAUUCCUACAAAAACAAAAUAUUAAUCAACCUUCAUACGGAGCCAGAUUAACUUUCGGCAAGUAAGAAUAAAGUGGAUUGAGAAAUCAAGAAAAUCUGGUUUGAACACAAAGUGCCAGAGACAGAAGUUGACCCUUCUUGGCAUCAGUGAUUUCAUGUAACUACCCAAACCUGCAGAGAGAAAAUGUUUCUAAGAUGAAUUUCUUAUAAAUGGAUAUAUAAAUGUAUAUAUGUUUUUAUUUAAACUCAAAAAUGUGUUGUUAGCAUUAGCUUGUCACAACAGACAGAAUCCUGCUUCUUGUUCAAAUCACCGAGAAUUACAACCAGACCCCUGCAGAAAGUCCUUUAGUUUAUUCUCGCGUUUUUAGGAAAGUCUGAAAAUCUAUUUAUUACUAUUUAUUUGUCGUUGUAAGAUAAAUAUUUUUGCAUCGUUUGAAAAAGCAGUGAUUAAAAUCAUGUUAGAGAUUUCAGAGAAGAGAAGAAACCUCCAAACUUAAAUCAGAGUCAUUGAAGAAAUGUGUGGUGACAGUUUUACAUCACCUGGAAGGAAAAGGGGGGGGGGGGGAUAACCACGUUAAUUUUCAUUUCACUGGAAAGCAAAAUUCAUAAUUUUUCACCAAGUUGCUUAUAGAAUGCAAAUAUUGUCGUUAGCGUCUCUGAACUGUGUUUACAUCUCAUACUGUGAAACCUAGUGACCGACUCUGCACUCGAGUCUGUAGCUGCUUGACUUGUAGUUUUAUCUCUAGGCUGGAAAUCCCUUCAGGCACAGAAGGUCAAUAACAAACAGCACUUCCUUGUUUUACUGAGUAAACGUCUGAAAACGUGUCCGAGAGGCACCGGCUCACACAUGAUCACACACAUACUGAUCUAAUCAUGCAUGCACACACACACAAACACACACAAUAAAUCUCUUGAAUGCAGUCAUACACAAACAGACACACACACACACGCUCUCUCUCUUUCACACUGUGUUCUCUUGUUUUCUCUGGCUUCAUAAUUUUUCUAUUUUUUUAUCUACAGAUCAAGCCUUGUAUAUUCUGAUGUUCCAUUUUUGCAGCUCAACGCUCGCUGCUCGUCUGCCUUAAUGUUUUUAAUCUGCUCUUUGAUUUAAAUAAAGGUUUAUGAACUCCA